CCGACCGCAGGGCACGGAGUCACUCGUAUGGAGACGUUUGCAUACAUUUUUCGGCGGGAAUUGAUUCGCAGACGGGAAUGAAGCCCCUUUUUUCACUCCGAUGACACCAAACUCCAUUCAUCGCCCAUAGACGUCACCCGGCAUACGCGUAUUCAGGGUUUCCCUUCCCUUCCAGAUCCCUUCCAAGGUUGUGGACAGCUUUACGUGGUACAAUUGAUACGCGUCUUUAUAGGUGGUCUUCAUCGAGACUAACCUAGCUUUACAUUCCACCAAGAGCCUCCCAAUUGACUCAGGCAUGCUCGGCAGUCCACCAUGUGGUUGACAUUGCUGGUGAUCCUUUCCACCUUGGUCACUGUGGUGUUGAUGCUUCUGCCAUCCCAGCGAGAUCCUGCUGAUCAGAAAUGUUCGGCUCAAGUGGUAGUACUCGGGGACUUGGGCCGGAGUCCGCGAAUGCAGUAUCAUGCCUUGAGCAUUGCUGAUCAUGGCGGACGCGUCCAGCUCGUUGGUUACAGAGACACCGAACCUCUGCCUGACUUGGUGGCGCAUCCCAAUGUUACAAUUGUACCACUUCCGCCGGCUCCACGACUUCUUCAGACGAGCAACAAGCUUCUUUUCCUUGUCUUUGGUCCUCUGAAGGUCCUUCUGCAGACAUGGUAUCUUUGGCGCACUCUGAGUUAUUCUGUUGCUCCUAAAUGGAUGCUUGUUCAGAACCCCCCUUCCAUACCGACUCUGCUGGUCGUCUCACUUGUGUGCUUCUUCCGUGGCACCAGAUUGAUUGUGGACUGGCAUAACUUUGGCUACUCGAUUCUGGCGCUCAAAUUAGGGCCCAAUCAUCCUAUGGUCAAGGUCUCGAAAUUGUACGAGACGAUAUUUGCCAAAGCCGCAACUGCGAACUUUACCGUUACCAAUGCCAUGGCGACAGUCCUGAAAUCCGAUUUUGGGAUCAACGCGCCAGUUCUUACUCUGCACGACCGUCCGGCAGACCUGUAUCAGCCCUUGGCCAAUUCAGAACGGAUUGCUUUCCUCCAGCGAUAUCCACUACUGGCAGAGCAUUUCAACUCCAUUGUCGAUGGCAAGGUGAGACUGGUUGUUUCAUCCACGUCCUGGACAGCCGAUGAGGAUUUUGGUAUCUUUCUGGACGCCUUAUGCAGCUACUCUGCCAGUGCUACAUCGUCCCACCCUCAGCUACCCGAGCUGGCUGUCGUCAUCACGGGAAAAGGGCCGCAAAAGCAGCACUACCUCGACAAAAUCAAAGAACUGCGCAGUGGAGAUUCUUUGGAGAUGGUCAACAUCUAUACAGACUGGCUUAGCUUUGAGGACUAUGCUCUUCUACUUGGCUCGGCCGACCUGGGUGUUUCCCUGCAUACCAGCAGCAGUGGAGUUGACCUCCCCAUGAAAGUCGUCGACAUGUUUGGGGCCGGCCUUCCUGUUGCAGGCUGGAGCGAUUUUGCAGCAUGGCCCGAGUUGGUCACGGAGAAUGUUAAUGGACGUGGAUUCAGCAGUGCAGAGGGACUGGCUGAUAUUCUGCGCGAACUCUUUGAUCCGGAUUCAGAUCAGCUUUCCCACCUCAAGAAGGGGGCAAGGCUGGAAAGCAAACGCCGAUGGGGUGGCGAAUGGGAUUCCAUCGCCGGCAAGCUGUUUGGCCUCGUCUCUUGAUUACUGUCGACCGCCAACAACGAAAGGCCAUCUAGACACCGACCCAAGGCCAAGGACGGCUCGGAGAUGGCCACUUUUUCCAUGCCGGAGGGCCGAGUGCUUCCAGAAGUCGCCCAUCUGACGUUGCUCCAUUCUUGAGAUCUCGAGCAUCAUGGACUACAUGUAGUGGUCCAAGCCAAAUAUUCCGGGCGGGUAUUUAUUGGCCGCCUACCAAGAGUCCAA